AUGCUGAUCCAGAUCAAUGCUCACUUUUCACAUGGAUGAAUUACAGCCCAGAAGUGCACAGACUGCCCAAACUCAAGGACAGAGUGUGUGUAAGAACUGGAAAAGGCCCUAGCAACACACUCCCACCCAAAAAAGGCUCUGUGGGCUCUCCCACAACCCUGCACCCUCUUUCCUUCCAUCACAGCCAUGUGCCCCCUUGAGCACAGCAAUAUGGAGCUGGUCAAUAGGACAGAGAUCUCUGAGUUCUUUCUGAAAGGAUUUUCUGGUUACCCAGCCCUCGAGCACCUGCUCUUCCCUCUGUGCUCAACCAUGUACCUGGUGACCCUGCUGGGGAACACAGCCAUCGUGGCAGUGAGUGUCCUGGAUGUCCGCCUGCAUACGCCCAUGUACUUCUUCCUGGGCAACCUCUCCAUCCUGGACAUCUGCUACACGUCUACCUUUGUGCCUCUGAUGCUGGUCCACCUCCUGUCAGCCCAGAAGACUAUCUCCUUUACUGGCUGCGCAAUCCAGAUGUGUCUGAGCCUCUCCACAGGCUCCACAGAGUGUCUGCUUCUUGCCAUCAUGGCCUAUGAUCGCUACCUGGCCAUUUGCCGGCCACUCAGGUACCCCGUGCUCAUGAGCCCCCGGCUCUGCUUGUCGCUGGCGGGAACCGCCUGGGUCCUCUGUCUCUUCAAGUCAGUGACUGAGACAGUCAUUGCCAUGAGGCUGCCCUUCUGCGGCCACCAUGUGGUUAGUCACUUCACCUGUGAGAUCCUGGCAGUGCUGAAGCUGGCAUGCAGUGACACCUCUGUCAGUGAAGUCUUCCUGCUGGUUGGGGCCAUCCUGCUGCUGCCUAUACCCCUGACAUUUGUCUGCCUGUCCUACACACUUAUCCUGGCCACCAUCCUGAGAGUGCCCUCAGCUGCCGGACGCCGCAAAGCCUUCUCCACAUGCUCGGCGCACCUGGCCGUGGUGAUGCUUUUCUAUGGCACCGUCAUAUUCAUGUACAUGAAACCCAAGAGCAAGGAGGCCCGCAUCUCUGAUGAGGUCUUCACGGUCCUCUAUGCUGUGGUCACGCCCAUGCUGAACCCUGUCAUCUACAGCUUGAGGAACAAGGAGGUGAAGGAGGCUGCCAGGAAAGUGUGGGGUAAGGGAGGUGAGGCUGAGAAAACUGCUAGCAAGUGGCAGUCUGGGACUUGAGCCCUGGUGGGUCUGACUCCAAAGCCCACACUCAUCUGCUCUGCCAUCCAGCGAAGACGUGGUCAAGCAGGAAUCCUAGAUCCAGGCAUGUCAGGGAAAUUGCAACAGAAGCUUCGGUCCUUUUAUGCCCAUCCCCUUUCUUUUAAAAUAAUUUGUGAAGCCUAAA